AUGGAGGAGACCAACACAACAGACCUCUCUUUGAACUACACGACUGCUGGAUAUGUGGGCUAUGGGGAAAAUAUCGAAUACGAAUGCUUAAGCCUACCUCACGAUUUGAUGGUCUUUGCAGGCAUCUGUAUGGGGAUUUCUGUCUGUGGACUUGUGGGGAAUGGGAGAGUCAUAUGGUUCCUGGGCUUCCACAUGAAACGGAACCCUUUCACUGUCUACAUCCUAAAUCUAGCUGUUGCUGACUUCUCUCUGCUCGUCCUGUUUUUUCUGCUCAUGUCAGUAAUUUUGAGCUUAACAACAACCUGUUCUUCAUAUUCUUUUAUUUCUUCCUGUGUAGAGUUUGUAUUUGUAGUUGAAGUUCUCUGCCACUUCUUUGACCUUAGCAGCCUGGGUCUCCUGACAGCAAUCAGUGUGGAGCGGUGUAUCUCCGUCAUCUUCCCAAUCUGGUAUCGCUGCCACCGCCCAAAGCACUUAUCAGGCAUUGUGAGUGGGGUGCUCUGGGCUCUCGCUGGAUUUUUUGUUUCCUCUUUGUAUCUCAGCAUUAACUUUGCUGAGAGCUAUGAGACAAUAUUUGCAGGUGUAGCCAUUGCAAUUUCCAUGAUUUUCUCGUCAAUGAUAUUGAUUUCCAACCUGUCCCUGUUCAUCAAACUCCGACAUGGCUCACAGAGACGACAUCCAGGGAAACUCUAUGUUGCUGUCCUUCUCAACGUGAUCUUCUUCUUUGCCCUCGGUAUUCCUUUCAGUGUAGAGGUUUUCCUCAACCUUCCAAGCUCACACGAAUUGCUUCCUGAAAAGACAUCUUUUCUGCUGGCAUUGCUGGACUGCGGCAUCAAUCCAGUCAUUUACUUUCUGGUGGGGAGCUGUCGGCAGCGCCGGUUCCAAGGCUCGGUGAAACUCGCCUUCCGCCGAGUGUUUGAAGAGAAAGUGGUGAGCGAGGAGGAGAGCCGUGUGCCCGAGGGCACUGUGGUGGAGACCACUGUAUAA